AUGCUGGAACAAUCUAAGAAUAUUUUUUAUAGGAUUGGCAAUUCAACUAUCGAUACUUUCGAUAUCUUUGGAUAACUGCCAAACUUUAGAGUCCUUGAAAAAAAUAAGUACACUUCUGUGGUUGGUUGUUGUAUGACCUUCAUAAUAGGAACAGCUACAUUAAUUUAUUUAGUGUCUGAAAUAACAACCCUUUUACACAAGGCUGAACCUAAUGUUGUUACAUCUGAGCUGCAGAUAUUUGACUCAACAGUAAUUAUCAAUAGUAAUUAAAGUCUUUCCCACUUUAUAAUGAUAAUUUUACUCUAGCUGUCACAAUAGCAACUAAAAAUUCAGAACCUAUAUUAGGGUAACUGAAAUAUUAUAAUUUGACAAUGAGUCAUUGCAUCAGAGAAAGAUUGCUUAAUGAAACAACAGGGAAGGUUUAGGUGAAAUUGAAGUAAAUAUAAAUACUAUUUAGUUGUACUGAAUUACCAAUUGCCCCUUGUUAAACUGAAGACUUUGAUAAUGAUUUAUAAAGAGAAUUUUUCAAAAAUACUAGAUUAGGCGUUGUUCAAUGUAUCAAUCGAACUAGGCUUAGAAAUAAUCCUCCUGUAAUUAUAAGAUCAUAAUUUAAGAUUCUGUAAGGUUAAAUCUCAGGAUAUAAGUACUAAUACUUAGUAAUUGAAUUGAGUAUAUGCAAAAAUAAUACAGAUUAUUAAGGUUGUGCUCCAAUAGAAGAGAUUAGAAAAGUAUUAUCAGCAGGUCAUUAUUCUGUGUAUGCAAGUGAUUAUUUGAUGCAAUUAAAUCAUCCUGGUUUGCCAUACUAAUAAUUAAUAAAUUUAGACAUUAAUAGUUUUUCCAUCUCAACCUCUAAAAUGUUAUAAUGGACAUACAGAAUAUCUGAAACUCAUACUGAUGAUGGUUUAUUAUUCUCUACAGACCAUGUAGAUUUAAAUUUAAAAAAAUAAGACAGAAGAGAAUAUACUGAGUUAUAUAAUGAUGAUUAUCUUGUUUAUCAUUAUAUAUAAUUAGAUUAUAAGGAAACAAUCUAUUAGAGAUCCUAUAUUAAGAUAUAAACAAUUUUGAGUAAAAUUGGUGGAAUUUGGUAAUUGUUUGUUAUUAUUGCUGCUUUAAUAUUAAAUCCUUUAAUAAAUAAUUUGAUGACUAUUUCUAUUGCAAAUGAAUUAUAUCGAUUUCCUAAUUCAUAAAAAAAAUUAAAUAUGGAAAUAAUCAAUCUAUAAUAAAGUGAUUAAGUUGUUGAUGUAUAAGAAUCUAUUAGAAGAUCUCGAGAAGUGAAUGUAGAUGAAAAACUAUCAACUGGAAUUUAUGAAUCACUUUUGAUACUCUUAGGUUGUCAUAAAAAGAAACGAAAAUUGUUUUCUUAAGUGAAAUAAGAGAUUCUUGCAUAAAUGGAUGUAGUGAAGAUCAUUCAAAAAUUACAUGAAAUUGAUCUCCUUAAAUUUAUUCUUUUGAAUGAUGAAUAGUACAAAUUAUUUGAUCUUUUACCUAAACCUAUUUUAUAAGAUGAAAAACUUUAAAUGGAAGACAUGAGUAAUGAUUUAGCAUCUGAAGCUGGAGUUCAAAAAAGUUUUAGAGCUAUCAAUAAUAAGAAAUUAUAAUCUAAGAAUCUUAAAGAUUAUUAUUGUUCAUUCUCUUCAUUAUAAUAAGACAAAGGAAGGAGUAGUGUUGAUGAUAAAUUAUUAUCUAUGAUUGAUCGAAAUAUAAUCUAGUUCUUUGAAUAAAUUUAAAUUUCAUAAUAACGACAUGGUAAUUUAAGUCCAUUAGAUCCCUUAUUUCGAUCAAGAAUAGAUGAAUCCAUCAUAGAACCUAAAAUUUAAAGGCCUAAAUGA